AUGCCCGUUGUUUUGGUGCGCGCGGCCAAUGGGAGGCGGCGCCUGGAUUCUACGGGAGCCGGGAUGGGCCCGCGGUGGCGGCGGCGGGACUCUCCGCUGCGCACCAUAACGCAUUGCGCAGCGCGCGGCGCCGCCCGGCCCUCCUGCGGCUUUAACGGCGCGGGCAUGGAGGCAGCGCGGCAGUCGGCGCCGGGCUUCUGCGCCGAGCAGCAGCGCCCGCCGCCGCAGUGCCCGCCGCCGCACGGACACGACAAGCAGAGCCUCCCGCAGCAGCAGCAGAGCCCAUGUCUCCAGUGCAACAACUGCGCCUACUACGGGGCCGCGGCGGCGGGGGAUAACCUGCCCCUGCUGCUCCGCGCCUCCUCGCCCCUCUCGGCCGCCUUCCGCGCACACUCGUCGCCGCUCUCCUCGGCCGCCUCGUCCCGGCAGGGCAGCCAGCUGAACGUCAGCGAGCUGACCCCCUCCAGCCAUGCCGGCUCGGCCAGGCAGCCCCACCAGUACGCCCAGUACCACCAGUGCCAUAGCCUGCAGCAGCAGCAGGCAGCCAGCCCCAGCAGCAGCGUCAGCAGCAGCAGCGCUCACCACCAUCACCACCACCACCACCAUCACCACCACCACCAGCAGCAGCAGCAGCGCCGCGAGAGCAACCCCUUCACCGAAAUAGCCAUGAGCAGCUGCAGGUACAACGGCGGCGUCAUGCGGCCGCUCAGCAACCUGAGCGCGUCCCGCAGGAACCUCCACGAGCUGGACUCCGAGGCGCAGCCGCUGCAGCCGCCGCUCGCCAGCCCGAGCCCCAGCGCCAGCGCCGCCGCUGCCGCGCCGGAGAUCGUCGUGUCCAAGCCCGAGCACAACAACUCCAACAACCUGGCGCUCUACGGCCCCGCCGGACCCGGGCCGGGCCCCGGCGCCGCCAACAACGGCGGCAGCGGCAAGUCCAGCAAGAAGAAGAACCAGAAUAUCGGCUACAAGCUGGGCCACCGCCGCGCGCUCUUCGAGAAGCGCAAGCGCCUCAGCGACUACGCGCUCAUCUUCGGCAUGUUCGGCAUCGUGGUCAUGGUCAUCGAGACCGAGCUGUCCUGGGGCGCUUACACCAAGGAGUCGCUGUAUUCCCUCGCUCUGAAAUGCCUUAUUAGCCUCUCCACGAUCAUCCUGCUCGGCCUCAUCAUCGUGUACCACGCCAGGGAAAUCCAGUUGUUCAUGGUGGACAAUGGAGCAGAUGACUGGAGAAUAGCCAUGACUUAUGAGCGUAUUUUCUUUAUCUGCUUGGAAAUACUGGUGUGUGCUAUACAUCCCAUACCUGGGAACUAUACAUUCACAUGGACAGCCCGACUCGCCUUUUCUUACGCUCCAUCCACAACAACAGCUGAUGUGGAUAUUAUUUUAUCUAUACCAAUGUUCUUAAGACUAUAUCUGAUUGCCAGAGUUAUGCUAUUGCAUAGCAAACUUUUCACUGAUGCCUCAUCUAGAAGCAUUGGAGCAUUAAAUAAGAUAAACUUCAAUACACGUUUUGUUAUGAAGACUUUAAUGACCAUAUGUCCAGGAACUGUACUGUUGGUUUUUAGUAUCUCAUUAUGGAUAAUUGCUGCAUGGACUGUCCGAGCUUGUGAAAGGUAUCAUGACCAACAGGAUGUUACUAGCAACUUUCUUGGAGCAAUGUGGUUGAUUUCAAUAACUUUUCUAUCCAUUGGAUACGGGGAUAUGGUACCUAAUACAUACUGUGGGAAAGGAGUCUGUUUACUCACUGGAAUCAUGGGUGCUGGGUGCACUGCACUGGUUGUAGCUGUGGUUGCAAGGAAGUUAGAACUUACCAAAGCUGAAAAACACGUGCAUAAUUUCAUGAUGGACACCCAGCUAACUAAAAGAGUGAAAAAUGCAGCGGCCAAUGUACUCAGGGAAACAUGGUUAAUUUAUAAAAACACAAAGCUUGUUAAAAAGAUAGACCAUGCGAAAGUAAGGAAACAUCAACGCAAAUUCUUGCAAGCUAUUCAUCAGUUAAGAAGCGUAAAAAUGGAACAAAGGAAACUGAAUGAUCAAGCCAACACUUUAGUGGACCUGGCAAAGACUCAAAACAUCAUGUAUGACAUGAUUUCUGACUUAAAUGAAAGAAGUGAAGACUUCGAGAAGAGAAUCGUUACUCUGGAAAAUAAACUGGAAACUUUAAUUGGUAGCAUUCAAGCUCUCCCAGGACUGAUUAGCCAGACAAUCAGCCAGCAACAGAGGGAUUUCCUCGAGGCUCAGAUACAGAAUUAUGAUAAGCAUGUUGCCUACAGCGCUGAGCGGUCACGGUCUUUGUCAAGAAGAAGGAGAUCCUCCUCCACAGCACCACCAACUUCAUCAGAGAGUAGCUAGAAGAGAAUAAGUUAACCACAAAAUAAAGACUUUUUUGCCAUCAUAUGGUCAAUAUUUUAGCUUUUAUUGUAAAGCCCUAUGGUUCUAAUCAGUGUUAUCUGGGUUCUGAUAUCAGAAUCCUGGAAACCUGAACACAAUGUUUUAGGCCAAAAUGAGUGAAAACUCUUUUUUUUUUUCUUUUUUUUUUUUCUUUUUUUUCCCCUCUUCCUCCUCUCAGAUGCACAGUGAAUGCACCUAUUAUUGCUAUAUUAGAUUGUUCCUCCUGUAAUUUCACUAACUUUUUAUUCAUGCACUUCAAACAAACUUUACUACUACAGUAUAUAAUAUAAUAAAAAGGUUAAUUUCUGCAUUUACUUGCUUGGUUGCUUGGACUUUAACAGUUAAAAAAUAAUGUGAUCAAAAGCACUAAUACUAAACCUUUAAGAAAAGAAAUUCAAGCUUAAUUAUCCCUCAGUAUGAAAACUUAUUCAUUAAACUUUGCCUGCAGUGG